AUGUGUUUGGUUUAUUAUCAGGUCUCUCCACAAGGCGAUUUCAAAAUGAAGGGAAAAAUCCAAAAGCAAAAUGAUCAAUUUUUUCGCGCUACUACUCUGUUUCCCGAGCUUAUUUUAGCGGAUGUAAUUUGGCUUCCAUUAGUAUCUAUUAGUCUUUUCGCGAAAUGCAUCAAAAUGUAUUUUCAACUCAAUCAUCGAACGAAUUUCGGUUUAAAUUAUUCAAAAAAAGCCCGCUCUAGAGGAACGAUGUGCUACAAAUGUCCGCCUUUUCCUACCGCAAUUAUCACGUUCUAUUUGGCUUGUAACGUGCUGUUAUUAAUCGUUACAUAUGCAAGGGCCUUUUAUAUGGUUGGUCCAGUAGAUAUCCAUGUACAAUCCAUUGAAAAAUGCUUUAAUUAUGCAGAAAACGAUCUUAUUUUGGACUAUUCGAUUAAUCCAGAAGAUAAUAGUCUUACAGGAAAUAUGAGUUUGUAUACAGACAUAGACGAAAAUGUGAAAAUUAAUUUUAGAGAAAAACCGCCGUUGCCUCACGAGCCUUUGAUAAUCUACAUCAAUCAACGCAACUUCUGUAAAAUCACCAAUGGCUUCUUCAGUACUCGUCCUUAUCCUCUAAUGGACGAAGCUGAGGAAAAACCGAUUUGUCCUGUAUCGAAAGGAAAAUACUACAUACAAGGGUUGAAGUUAGACUUCUCCUUGAUGCAAUUACCCUACGAAAUGCUCGGUACUAAAAUGUACCAAGCGGAAUUGGUGAAGAACGGGAACUUACUGGUCUGCUUGGACCUCCAAAUUCACAUCAACUACAAAAACUUAUCCGAAUAUUUACAAUAUACAAACGUUUAUAAGGAUGUCCAAGACCAGUACUGA